UUUUGCGUUUGUUUUUCAUAGUUCCUUCCUCUUUGUCUAAGUCUUUAUCACGACAAUUGAUAAAUGAUAAAAAUAAUCGGUGAUGUGAUAAGAUCGAAGACGAUCUACGACAAGCGACAGUUUGCGCGGUCCCAGUUGAUCGAUACCGUAGAUCUUGAGCCUAUGCAACUGAACCGAAUUAUAAUCGCAUUAGUUUCUACGCGAAGCACGUUUCAGAAAUCCAGGAGCUGUCACAAUAACCAGGUGGUAACUGAAUGCGUGAAUAACAGUGAUGGAUAAUGGCGGCAGCGGAUGAAAGCACAGAAACUUCGGAUCCACCGACAGUCCAAACAAGCUCUUGGUCAAAAGAAGAAAGGAUAAAAAAUAAACAAUUGCGACAUGCUGGGUUAGAGUACAUUUCACGAUCAGGGCGAACAGUAGCUGCUAAAAAGCAACCAGAUGUAAUCUGCAACUGUCCGCAACAAUGCAGCACAAAGGUAACGAAGGAGAUUCGAGAACGGCUGUUUGCUGAUUUCUAUGCUUUAGGAGAUGCUAACUCACAAAAUAACUAUCUACGCAAGCUGAUAGAAAUACGCUCAGUUAACGAACGACUUUUCAAUGAGGAAAGAAAGGAGAGCGGUCGACUUCAGAGGAGAAUUACAUGUAAAUACAGAGUGCCCUUGAAACUAUCUCCGAGAGACAAAACUCUGACACCGAUCACUGAUAUUAAUGAAUCACAGAAUGACAUUUCGGUAGGAGAAACAGAAACCUGCUUGCCACAUGGAGAUAGUGAUAAUGACAAAGAUGAUUCGAAGGUUGAUGAGGCGGUGGAUAGGAGAGAUUCUAAUGAUAGAGCAAAAAUCACAACGGAAGAUCUCAGCUUGUUAAAUCCUAGCAAUGAAUCAAUGGACAACACCAAUGAAACAAGUGACUCCAAGGAGAAUGAACAACAUCACAAUAAAAAUCUAACAGAGGGUAAAGAAUCAUGUAAAGAAGAUAUUGGUGAUAAAAUCGAGGCAGGAAAAAUUCAAGGAGUUAUUACUGCUGGGGGAAAACCACUAACUGAGCAAAAAUUGGAUGCUGUUGAUGAGAAUAAAAGUACUGAGGUGAAGUUGGAAACCUCCAUUCCAUCUUCUGAAAUAGACAAAAAAUCAGACAACCCGUCUACAUUGAACUUGACAAACAACGGUGAUCAUGCAGUAAAUACAACUCCAAAACCAGAGGAGCACAAAGACACCGUAGAUAUAUGUCAAAAAGCAUUUAUGAACAUUUUCGCUAUCACAGAGAAACGGGUUAGGCUCCAGCGAGAGAGGAUAAUUGAUGAACUGCGCUUCAUGGCGGAGAAGCGUAAGGCAGAGCAAGAGGAAAUGGAAAACUCAAUCAAUGUUGCCAGAGAACUGGCAGCAGGUUGCCGACCUUUGCUCCAUUUUAUGGACAAAUCCAAUCAGUCAAACCGAAUACCUUCACUACCUAACAAGCUGCUGAUGGCAAUUGAUAAUGAUCUCACUUUGGUAAAUAACUUUUUCCGUAACCAAUUGUGGAAGCCGGAGAAUUUUAACAAGAGAUACAAAUGUGAUGAUUCACAAUUGGAACAUGACAUUUUAGACUAGGCCGAAGAAUUGUUACCAUAGCUGGGACUAUGUUCCACUAUAAAUAAUUAGAUCCAACUUUCAUCCUUUAAAUUGUUGACAGUUUAAAAAUUAUUUAAGUACUGAUGCUUUUCAGAAGCGCAUCUCACUUUGAUUAUUGCAAAAUCCUUAAAGAAUUUUUUUCCUUUCUAAUCUUUCAAUUUUUAUCUAAUUAGUAGUGUAGUUGUAAAUCUCUCAAGUUUCAAACAAGCAUUUCUUGCUCAUCAUUCCUCCUAAAUUUCUUGAUGAUAGACUCUCAUAAAAUCCAAAAGUAAGCACUCUGUUUAAAACCUUGACCAAGUAUAUUUUUGAACCUGAUUCCGGACAACCAAGAUGAGAUUUAUUUUUUUUUUUUUUUUAAUUCGAGAAGAAAAUAAAAGGGUAAAUUUCUCUAAAGUUCCUGAUGGCGUAUUACUUGCAACUUUUAAUGGUGAUAGCAGGUCUUGGUAAGUAAUUGUCAAGGUAGAUAUUUGUAGUUUUUCGUUUUGAUUCCAUUUGAAUUUUACCAUAUAAGAUAUUGCUCAAAAGACAAAGCUUAUUUUUGUACGUAAUUUUUUUACUCAAAUCAGAGUUCAAUAGAAAGAUAAUUGACUUUUUUAAUUGUGUUCAUUAAUUUAUAAACAUAAUAGUAACUAUUAAAGGAGACAGUAAAAAUAAUUACAACAUACAAGUGUACGUAUUCUGUGUUAAGUUGGUUAUUUCUCUUUUAUAAAAAUAAUGUAAGUCCGAAUUUGAAAACCUUUUCCCUAUCAUAAUUUCUGACAAAAGUUUGUGGUGGAUUUACUGAGUUCGUGCAUUUAUUAUUAUAGUUUACCGAAAAUAAUUUACUAUGUGUGAUACAUGUUCCAUCACUUUUUCCUUGUUUGAAUGUUACAAAUUUCUUAAAAAAUUCUAAAUUACAUUUUUCUGCCGUUUAAACAGGGAAAUUUUUCAGAAAUAAUUCUGAAUUGGAACAAUAUGUCUCCUCAAUUUCUGACUCCUGAUACACAUGAAUGUUGAAAUCCCAAAGCUUAAAAAUAGUUAUCACUUAAAGAACUGUUUCAAAUAGUUUUAUUGUAACAUUGUCUGUAAUCGUACCUGACAUAGUAUGGAAUGAUCUCAGUCUUAACAUUCCUAGACAAGUGUACCUUAGAAAUUAUCAAUAUCUGAAAGUAGGAAAAAACUUAUGUGGAGCCUCAUAGAUAAAUAGGUUGUAAGUAGGGAUUAUGAGACCUCAAAAAUCUAAGAAAACAAAUCUCAAAUGUUAACAUUACCCCUUUUACUUUUGGCGACUUUUUUUUUUUUUACUCAACAAACCACGAUAUGCCUUAGGAGUUCAGCCUUACUUGACUCAGUUUACUGAAGGUGUCAUUCUAUUUCAUUCGUUUAUUCUCUUGAACUUGACUCCUUCGUUAACACUUCAACCUGAAUAUAAUUCUGUAACCCACCAAUCUGAUAUUUCUGUUCCUUUCAAUACAGUGAUGUUAAGAUGUAAACUAUUUAUUUUUGUAACUUUGAAAGCACCAUUAAAGCCUUAAAGCAUUA